AUGGCGGAGACCAAAAUCAUCUACCACAUGGACGAGGAGGAGACGCCGUACCUGGUCAAGCUGCCCGUAGCUCCCGAGCGCGUCACGCUGGCAGACUUCAAGAACGUGCUCAGCAACCGGCCGGUGCACGCCUACAAAUUCUUCUUCAAGUCUAUGGACCAGGACUUCGGGGUGGUGAAGGAGGAGAUCUUCGAUGACAAUGCCAAGUUGCCCUGCUUCAAUGGCCGGGUGGUUUCCUGGCUGGUCCUGGCUGAGGGCGCUCACUCGGAUGCAGGGUCCCAGGGCACUGACAGCCACACGGACCUGCCCCCACCCCUUGAGAGGACAGGCGGCAUUGGGGACUCCAGGCCCCCCUCCUUCCAUCCAAAUGUUGCCAGUAGCCGGGACGGAAUGGACAAUGAGACAGGCACAGAGUCUAUGGUCAGUCACCGGCGAGAGAGAACCCGACGUCGAAACCGCGAUGAAGCUGCCCGGACCAAUGGGCACCUGAGAGGGGACCGGAGGCGGGAUCUGGGACUACCUCCAGACAGUGCAUCCACUGUACUGAGCAGUGAGCUUGAAUCUAGCAGCUUUAUUGAUUCUGAUGAGGAGGACAAUACGAGCCGGCUGAGCAGCUCUACAGAGCAGAGCACCUCCUCUCGGCUAAUUCGUAAGCACAAAUGUCGUCGUCGGAAGCAGCGCUUGAGGCAGACAGACCGGGCAUCCUCCUUCAGCAGCAUCACAGACUCCACCAUGUCCCUGAACAUCAUCACCGUCACUCUCAACAUGGAGAGGCACCACUUCCUGGGCAUCAGCAUCGUGGGCCAGAGCAACGACCGGGGUGAUGGCGGCAUCUACAUUGGAUCCAUCAUGAAGGGCGGGGCUGUGGCUGCUGAUGGCCGCAUUGAGCCAGGCGACAUGUUGCUGCAGGUGAAUGAUGUCAACUUUGAGAACAUGAGCAAUGAUGAUGCUGUGCGGGUGCUUCGGGAGAUUGUAUCCCAGACAGGGCCCAUCAGUCUCACAGUGGCCAAGUGCUGGGACCCAACCCCUCGGAGCUACUUCACCAUCCCAAGGGCUGACCCAGUGAGACCCAUCGACCCGGCUGCCUGGCUGUCCCACACAGCAGCACUGACGGGUGCUCUGCCCCGCUAUGGUACGAGUCCCUGCUCCAGCGCCAUCACACGCACCAGCUCUUCCUCACUAACCAGCUCAGUGCCUGGUGCCCCACAGCUUGAGGAGGCACCACUGACUGUGAAGAGUGACAUGAGUGCCAUUGUCCGCGUCAUGCAGUUGCCAGACUCAGGACUGGAGAUCCGCGACCGCAUGUGGCUUAAGAUCACCAUUGCCAAUGCUGUCAUUGGGGCGGAUGUGGUGGACUGGCUGUACACACAUGUGGAGGGCUUCAAGGAACGAAGGGAGGCGAGGAAGUAUGCCAGCAGUAUGCUGAAGCAUGGUUUCCUGAGGCACACAGUGAACAAGAUCACCUUCUCUGAGCAAUGCUACUAUGUCUUUGGUGACCUGUGCAGUAACCUCGCAUCCCUGAACCUCAACAGUGGCUCCAGUGGAGCCUCAGAUCAGGACACACUGGCCCCACUGCCCCACCCAUCUGUACCCUGGCCCUUGGGUCAAAGCUACCCCUACCAGUACCCAGGACCCCCGCCCUGCUUCCCACCUGCUUACCAGGACCCUGGCUUCAGCUAUGGUAGUGGCAGUGCUGGGAGUCAGCAGAGUGAAGCUAAGCUGCUUCCGGAUUCAGGUGUGAGGGCCAGUCCAGAACUGACCCAGGCUAGGGCUCAGCCAGGAAUGGAGAGGGCUGGAUGUUGCCUACCUCCUGAGUGUCCUCUGCCUGCUGUCUUUCUUGUUCUGUCCUGAUACACACAUACAUGCCCAGCCUUCUAUUCCUGGGAUGCCUGGACGGGGUGCUGAGUGAGGGCCUAAGGCUGGGCAUGUUCAGGCAAGUAGUACGUUCUGGCCUCCCAGGGUCUGCCUGGGGAAUUCCUGAAUUCGAAGUAUGGCUAUGGAGUCCCAAAGAAACUUUUGUGGGUCAUUUUCUAAGAUAAUAGAGCCUGAUCACCUUGGCAGGUCUUAGGUGGGCAUAACAGGAUCAAGGAUGAUCAUGCUUUUGAGGGAUAGGUGGGCUCAUAGGGUCCAUCUUGUGCACUGCAGGCCUUGGGGGGGUCACUGUGAGGCUAAGGUCAGUGGAGUCCGAGUCUAUAGUUAAGUGUCUCAAGUCUUAGGUUGAGGUACUAUUUGGGGGUUUGUUGGCUUAGGAGAUUUCUGGUAGGGCUAGGUUCACUAAAGGUAAGGUCAUUGGGUCAGGGAUCAUUCAUUCUGUUCCUGAGUAGUCUCACCACUACUGCUGUUCCCAUCUGCUGCUUCCUUGGGGCUCCUUCCCAGGAAGAACUCCUGGGUGUUGAGCUUUGGCAGCCACAGAAGCACAUAGCACUUGGGCAGGUGGAAGGUGGCCAGGAUGCCCAGGGCACAGAAUAGGAUAGCACCCAUCUGCACAGCUGGCUGGUAGGCCACCUGCACAUUGGCCAGGAGGGGCACAAAAGAGACCCAGGUGAUGAAAUAAGUUAGCAUGGCAAAGGUGAGGCCACGGGCACGGUUGUAGCGACCAGGCUGGCUCUGUACCAGGAAAGUGCCCAGAAAGCAGAGGAAAGCUAACAUUGCAUUGGUGAUGUGCACCAAGCCCAGGCUGACCCAGGAACGCAUGUGGCAGUGCUCCAGUACCUCCGUGGGCAGCACUGACCAAUCUGUCACCACUUCUGGUGGGAAAGCUAUCAAAUACCAGGCACACAGUGCUGCCUCCACAAAAGUGGCCAAUAGUACCACCAGCCAAGCCCAGGGUCCCCGAAGGUAGCUGCAUAGCCAGUUUGCCCAAUUCUGUGGCAACUCAGACUCCACAAAGGUCUCAGCUGCUUGCAGGAAGAGUGUACUCAGGCAGCCUGUGAGAGGGAGGUGAGCCAUUGGUUGUUGCGCAAGACAGCUGGCAGAGCUUGGGCGUCCUGGGAACAGAAGGACACUGAGGCAGAAGAGGCCUAGGCAGAUCAGGCCAAAGCAGAACAGUGACCCACCUGAGGCCUGAACAAGAGGGCUGUCCCAGUAGUGGACGAAGAGCCCUAGAGCAGCCAGUGCUAGGCCCAGCACCAGGCAAAGCAGCAGGAGUAGUGACAGCACAGCUGGCUCCCCCCAAGCCAGAAACUUGGGCCUGCGAGGUAAGCAGGUUGUGCUUUUCUCUGGGGACCACUGGUCCUGGUUACAUGGAGUACAGGCGAAGUCAUCUGUCAUGGGGAAAGAAAGGAAGGCAAUGUGGGGACUGGUGAUGGGAGACAGAACUCCCCAGUUGGCACCCCACAGUAACUGCCUCAACAUUAGCCCUGGGGGAGGGGGCUUGCCACUUGCCAGACUAGUAUGCUUCUGUCCCCUAGCCCAGCUAUGCAGACUAUCUAGGGAACAUGGUUCACCUGGAUGCUUCCGGUAGCUGCCUGCCUUGCAGUCCACACAGUCAUAGCAGCAGGAAUGAAAGCCCUUUACUCUGCGCACCUGGCCAUCUUUGCACUGGCGGGAACACUGGGAGACUGGCACCUGGACAUGGAGCCUUGGGUUAGGCUCCCCUUGGCUAGCACUGACCCAAGACCCACAAGCUUCUACUCACCAUGCUUUUUGCCUAUUUUGUCCUUACCUGGUUGCCUGGCCAGUACAUUUUAGAGUGCUGCAGCUGAAGGGUGCCGUUGAAGGUGCCUAUAGUAUGUAAUACAGGUGUAGGGCUCUGCCACACCCACAUCUUCAGGUCAUAUUCCAUGUCUACAUUUCCUUCAGCAUCAAACUGCAGUGUCAAGUCUCGAGCAUGGAAACUCAUAUUGUACAUGUUCUCUAGGAGCUGUGAAGUGGAGUCAGGGUAAGGCUGACCCAUGAGCAUCUCCAGUCAUGACAAGAUUUGACUGUACCCAGGAGCAGGCAAAACCCAGCAAAAAAAAAAAAAACCCUACCCUUACCUGCCAGGGUUGAACAUGCUCUGAUGUGUGGCAAUGUGAGACAUUGCACUGUAGGGUGUUGUGAAGGGCUUGAGCCACACUGUACACAGCUGCAUAGGUUGCAAAUAUUUGGUGGUGCAACUGGCCAGCUGAUAGGUUUUGCAACAGCCCAGAUGAUAAGUUCUGCAGCAUGAUAUAGUCACAUUGUGGACAGCGUUGCCCCAUCACAUGUUCCUCCAGAUCCAACUCAGCUUUCAGUGAGGCACAGAAUGUUGGGUCAGCGGCCAGGGCAAGGUGAGUCUCCACAUAAUGGGAAAAUUCAGGCAAUAGGGCACCCCUCUGCAGAAACCCAAGCACAGUACCUACCCGGGCAAUAUUGGGAAGUGUCAUGACCAGGUCAGAAGUCAGCCAGGACUCACUGGCCACCCAUACCUUGGGUGAGAGGCCAUGAUGGAUGCUGUAGCUAAAAAGGGAGUAGACAGCACGGGCAGAGGCAAACAGCACCACCACUUGUACUUUACUUUGGUUCACUUGGCGUAGCACAUCCAACACCUUGCCCAGCUGUUGGCCACUAGUGUCAUGUUGUGGCACCAGGCCUUCAUGUGCAAUGCAGAUACCUCGUGCAUUGGCCAGACCAGAAAAGAUGCUCAGGCCUUCCCGGCCAUAGUCAUCAUCACUACCUAGGGCAGCCACCCAGUUCCAGCUGAAAUUCUGCAACAGAGUCACAACCGCCUGCAGCUGCACCCGGUCACUGGGCACUGUGCGGAAGAAGGAUGGAAAUGUUUCCCGGUCACUUAGCCGAUCCAUGCUGGCACUAUAGCUGACCUGUGAUGAUCAAGAAGCACUUCCUGAUAUGAGAGUUCAAUGGGUGCAGUUGGUUGAAGGAACACAAAGGAAGUGGGCUCACCUGUGGCAUGAGGAAGAAGCUGAAGAACUUGCCUGUAAUGAGGGCAAGCUCUGAUGAGUGGGGGCCGAUGACAGCCAGCACACGGGGUUGGUACUGUGUGUAGUUGCAGUAGGCAGCAAUGCUUUGACUGCCCACCUUGGCUAGGAACAUGAGACUGGGCUUCAUGGUGACCACUGGCUCGGAGCAUGUGUCAAAUAGGUCAUAGCCCAGUCGCAGCCCAGGGAGCAAGGCAGAUCCAUUGUUGAUCUCCUCCACAGCCAUCUUCAUAGCCAUGGCCAGGAACAAUCCAAGGGAUGAGAACCUGAGGCAACAUGGAAACUGCAGGUGGUCACCACCUCAUCUCCAGAUUGGGAGUACCACAGAUCCAAGGCUGCCAAGCUUCGGCUCACUCCCACCCCAGCUGCUAGCCUCCAUACCUGGUACACAGGAUGCCAUUGGGUUGUGUUCUCUGGUUGAGGGUGGCCUCCUCAGUUGAGCCCAGGGGAAAUAGCCCACCCAGUAUGUAGUCCCCUUGUGCCUUGAAUUGUUGUGAUAGACACAAAGAGGUCCCCAUCCCAAGCUCCAGGAAAGCAGCCAGGCUGAGGCCCAGGAUAGCCAAACCUGGCAUGGUAGGUAGAAGUUUCCAGCACUGAAAUAGAUGGGUUUGUGGGGCUGGAGCCACAGAUGUACUGAGUCAAGGGGAGGGAACAGUGAAUUUGUUUAGCAAAACCAAUGCUGUGCUUGGCUGCCAAGCCCGAAGGAGCUCCGGUGAUAUAUGCAAUAUUCCCAGGCCUGGUGUUUUGUGUAUACUCGACUCCAUAUCUAAUAAAUUCUGUCCAAGAGUGAUCCAGUAAGC